CCCGCUGGGGCUUCUGGGAAGGGUGGUCCCCGAGCUGCGACAGGUCCACGCAUUUGCGCUGUGAGAGUGCGGACCCGGGGUCCUUGGAAACCUUCUGGGACCCACGGGGGAGUCAGCUAUGAGUUUCCCCCUCUAUCCACAAGCUGACCCUCCCAGUAAUCCUGUGACAGAAGCACUCUUGCUUUUGCAGCUGACGGAUUUGAGGCACAGGUUUGUUUAAAGUUCACACAGAGCAGCCAUCGGGGCAGGGCCUACGUCUCAUGGCCUCUCUCUGCCAGUUCGGCCUCCCCAGGACUCUGCCCUCUCCCUGAAGCAGCAUGAGAAAAUGACCAAGUUUCAGGAGGUGGUGACAUUCAAGGACGUGGCGGUGGUCUUCACCAGAGAGGAGCUUGGCCGGCUGGAUCCCGUCGAGAGGAAGCUGUACCAGGAUGUGAUGCUGGAAAACUUCAGGAACCUGCUCUCCGUGGGCUGUGAACCCUUCAGAUUAGAUACAUUACCGUUGGGGAGAGAAGAGAAACUUUGGAUGAUGGAUGCAGAAACCCCUGGGGGGUGGGCGUUCAGGUAAACCCGGCCCAAGAGGACAGCAGUAGUCAUUCCUGCUGGAUAUGAGCAGCGCAAAGCCCAAACCAAAUCAAACAAACAAAAAACCAGAAAAAUCCCUCUGCGAAUCUGGUGUCAUGAGUAGUGAGGGGAACGUCUCCCUGGUCUUCAGUUGUUUCUUUCCAUGUAUCCUUCUGCUGCGUGAGGCCGAAUGUGGUCAGGCAUGUUGGGUGCUCGCUCCGUCCAACUUGCUGCCUUGUUCUUACCUAUAAACC